CGGAUACUGUCUCUUAUACACAUCUAGAUGUGUAUAAGAGACAGGAUAGAGAGAGAGAGAGGAGGCGUAGGAGGGGAAGAAAGGAGAGGAGAAAGAAGCAGAAGAGGGGACGUGGAGGGCACAGAGAGAGACAGAGAGUGUGUGUGAGAGAUAGUGUGUGUGUGUGUCUGAGAGAGAGAGUGUGUGUCUGAGAGAGAGAGAGAGAGAGAGAAAGAGAGAGAGAGAGAGAGAGAGAGAGAGAGAGAGAGAGAAGGAUGACUAGCCGCAAUUCCAUUCUAGUAAACACGGCGACCGCCUCCUCAUCCCUGCAGGAGAUCAAUCUAUUGGCUCAAGCCGUGAUUACCACGGAUGCGAGCGUGCUUGAUAACAACCAAGCUACAGCGGCAGCGAAACGUCGGCUGAGCGCGAUGAUGGGCAUAGGCGGCGGGGGGCCUGUGACACAGGUCGGGGUCGGCGGAGGAGAUGGGUUGGGAAUGACAUUCGGAACGGAGGGGGGAAUAGGGGAGCAAGGAGGAGGAGGAGGAGGAGGAGGAGGAGGAGGAGGAGGUGGUGGUUUCGAAGGGGGGCGGGGAGGAGGAGGAGGAAUAGGAAGAGGGGGGGGUAUUGGGAGAACGAGAUCACCGGACAUCACAGACAGCUUUGAUGGAACAGCGUUGACGUCAACGAUGGCGGGAGGAGGCAUGCGGCUGUCUCUCCCAGGCAAUCCCUUCCAACGAUUACCCCAAAGGCCCAAAACGGCUGAUGUUUUGAGGAAAGCCAUAAAGAAAUACCUCAGGAAAAUGGCUGAUCAAGUCGCUCAGCAGCAACCACAGGUGGAAGUAGUAAUGAAGGUAGAGGGUGAGCAGCCUGCUACCUCCACUCCUACUGCUCCUCUGACUGCUACUCACCGAAGGAAGAAGGAGAUUCAGGAAAGAUUGCAGCAGGAACAGACCCUGCUUGACGAGUUGGAGAGACAGGAGGCAGCCGAGCUAGAGGCUGCAACGGAUGCUUCGCGAAAGGAGUAUCUGUUGGAGCAGCUAGGCAAGGCUGUGUCUGAUGAACGUUGUGCACAGGUGACAAGGAAUCUGGCGGAAUGGGCCAUUCUGGAACACAAAACCACCAGCUCCUAUUUCACUAACUGGGAUGACUGCAUGGGUCGUCUCGAGCACAGGGUGGAUGACAUGGCAGCUCAGCAGUCCAAGAUCCUGACAGCAAUCCAAGAUCUGACUGCUCAGCUGACAGCAGCCAAACUGAUUGUUCCCCAGUCUCCUGCCUCCUCAUUGAAGCUUAAAGCUUCUUCUCCUCCUUCAACCCCUACUGGUUCAUGCCAUUCUUCCCCUUCACCACCUCCUUCCCAAAAAGCCACAGCCCAACCAUCUUAUGCAGCUGUUGCUGCAGGAGACCAAAGAGGUCCCAAGAUCCCAGCUCCCAACAAGUUCAGAGGGGAUGACCCAAAGACUGAUGUUGGGGACUGGGCUGCUGGGACCAAGGCCUACUUGAGGGGCUUUGUCUGUGCAGAACAGACUAAGGUGGCUACGAUUCUGGGGCUGCUGGAGGGACCCGCCUUGAAGUGGGCCACCUCAACCUCCAGCAGUCUGCAGCAGUCCAUGGAGGACUGGGCUUUUGGGCUAGGGGUGGACAGACUUAUGCAGGCCCUAGAGGACCGCUUUGCAGACAAGGAGCGGGCCUGCAAAGCUGCUGACAAGAUUGCUCGCUUGCGACAGCAGCGCUACAGCAGUACCCAGCAAUCCUUGUUUGUAGAGUUCGAGCAACUUACCUCUACCCCUGGGUUGGUCAUCUCCACUGAUGAUCUGCUAACCAACUUCUGCAGGGCAGCGCUUGAGAAGUUUGUUGGUUGCACAGUGUUUAGCAAAGUCGACCUCAAAUCUGGGUACCACCAGAUUGAGAUGGUUGAGGAGGAUGUCUAUAAGACAGCCUUCAAGACCAGGUAUGGUACUUACGAGUUCCUGGUUAUGCCAUUUGGACUUUGCAACGCCCCAGGUACCUUCCAGACAGAGAUGCACCGCAUCUUCAGGCCUUACCUGGACAAGUUCAUGGUUGUCUACAUGGAUGACAUCCUGGUAUUCAGUCGAACUGCUAGGGAGCAUGCGGAGCACUUGACUUUGGUCCGUCAUUCGUUACACGACAACCAGUAUAAGAUUAACAGGGAGAAGUCCUCUUUUGGAGUUCCCUCUGUCAUCUAUCUGGGUCGCGUAAUCUUUGGAGAUGGCCUGGCUCCUGAAGCAACAAAGAUAGCUGCUAUUCAGAAGUGGCCUCAGCCUCAGACAGUGAGGGAUGCCAGGUCCUUCAUGGGUUUGGCCUCAUACUACAAAAAGUUUGUCAGGAACUUUUCUGCAGUGGUUGUACCCCUGACCAACCUAACAAAGAAAGACACUCCUUUUCUUUGGUCCCUCCACUGUCAGUUGGCCUUCACACGACUCAAGAAGGUUUUGACUCGUGCGCCAGUGCUGAAGUUGCCUGACCCCACUUUGCCAUUCAUCCUGACCACUGACGCUAGUCAGUAUGGCAUUGGGGCAGUUCUUCAGCAGGAUGAUGGGAAUGGUCUACGACCUAUAGAGUUUAUGAGUAAGAAGAUCAAAACUCAAAAGAUGCAGGACUCCACCUACGAGAAAGAGCUAUAUGCUCUUGUCUGUGCUUUGAAACAUUGGAAGCACUUUCUCAUGGAAAGACACUUCAAGAUCUUCUCAGAUCACUCCACCUUGCAGUGGAUGAAGUCCCAGGGAGAGCUGAACGAUAAGUUGGCACGGUACAUUCAGUUCAUAGACAUGUUUGACUUUCAAUUGAAACAUAAGAAGGGCUGCUACAGCAAGGUAGCAGACACCCUCUCUCGUAGGCCUGAUUCUUUCGCAUUGAUCUCCUCUACUCACUCCUUUGGAGAGGAGACCCGUCAGACCAUUGCUCAUCUACUGCCUCAGGACCCGACUUUUGGACCCAUAGUCAGGAAUCUGCAAGCAGAUCCCAACUCUGAACCAGGCUAUGCUCUGAGUUCAGAUCUGUUGUACACCUCCAGCAGAGGGGAGGAGCGCUUGUGCAUUCCCCAGGACCAGCGGCUCAGGACACUGCUGAUGUCAGAGUGUCAUGACGCUCGUGGACAUUUUGGGUUCCUAAAGUCAUAUGCAACCCUGUCGCAGCGCUUCUUCAGGAAGGAGAUGCGGAGUGAUAUGCUGCGCUAUGUGGAAACCUGCGAGCUCUGCCAGAGGAAUAAGGUCCAGCGUAGGCCCCCUUUGGGACUGCUCAAACCCUUACCCAUACCUGAUGGCCCUGCGGAAUCUGUGUCGAUAGACUUCACAGAUUUAGGCAAGACCACCCCUCGUGGCAUGCGUCAGGUUAUGGUCUGUGUGGACAGCUUCUCCAAAUACGCAGAGUUCAUCCCCUUGCCAGAAGUGGCCAGAGUUCCGGCUGUGAGAGCAACCUUUUCAGAGAGGUGGAGAAUGGAAUAGGGGAACUGCUCUCUGAACUCU